AGCAGCUUUGUAGACACAUCGUGCGCCUCCUGCUGUGUCCCCCCCCCCCCCCCCUCUCUCCUCCACUUACAAGCGCUGACCGCUGCAGCUGAGGGAAAGUUUCACGUUGUCAAGGCUGGGUGGAUUUUUUUUGCACCACGGCACAGAGCGGAGGCAUUCUGCGUGUGGCGCAGCAGCGCGACAGUGCGGUGUCCGAUUACAACCCGUGCGCCGUGGAGCCACCGCCGGCACAGAGCGCGCUCCUCCUCGGGGCUGAAACAGCUCACACAGUGGGGACCAAGGAGCCUCAGCAGUCGAAACAAAGAGUUUUUCCACAGCUAAAGUGAGGAUAUUUCUUCAGCUCACCAUCUUCAUAUUCUCUGGUUCAUCUCCGCUCCUCAGUCUCAGCAGGACCAGACUCGCAGCUUUGCUCCGUGCUAGAUGAACGGGAGUUGGGCACCUCACUUGGUGUGUCUCUCCAGUGUGCUUGGCCCUUGAGGCCUAAAGAAUAGGUGAGCAUACCAAGGCCCCCAUGGGACGCCCUUUUAUCCAGCAUGCACUGCUGCUGCUGCAGUGCAUGCUGGUCUUGCACACCAGAGGUGCGGCUGGCAGAAGAGGGCCCGUACUUCUACCUGAAUCGCCCUGCCACAAAAAGGAGCACCCUGCCGUCCCUCACUCAGAGAUGGAGCCUUGGAUCUUCAGGUUCAAAGCAGAGGGUACAGUGGAUUACUCACAGCUGACCUUUGAUCCCGGCCAGAAUGAACUGAUCGUUGGUGCCAGAAAUCACCUCUUCAGGCUCAACCUGGAGGACCUGACACUAAUCCAGGAGGCUGAGUGGCACUGUGACGAGUUCACCAAAGGAGCCUGCUUCAGCCGUGGAAAAUCUGAGGAGGAGUGCCAGAACUACAUCAGGGUGCUGCUGGUGAAUGGGAACAGGCUGUUCACCUGUGGAACUAAUGCCUUCACGCCCAUCUGCACCAACAGAACGCUGACUAACCUGACAGAGAUCCACGAUCAGAUCAGUGGAAUGGCUCGUUGCCCUUACAACCCCCUCCACAACUCCACUGCCCUCAUCACCUCCAGCGGUGAGCUUUACGCCGCCACUGCUAUGGACUUUUCAGGGCGAGACCCUGCCAUCUACCGCAGCCUGGGGGGCCUGCCACCGCUCCGAACUGCCCAGUACAACUCCAAGUGGCUCAAUGAGCCAAACUUCGUCUCCUCCUACGACAUCGCCAACUUCACCUACUUCUUCUUCAGAGAAAACGCAGUGGAGCACGACUGCGGGAGGACGGUGUUUUCCCGCGUCGGGCGGGUCUGCAAAAACGACAUUGGCGGCCGCUUCCUUCUGGAGGACACGUGGACCACGUUUAUGAAGGCCAGGAUGAACUGCUCCAGACCAGGAGAAAUCCCAUUCAACUAUAAUGAGUUGCAGGGCACUUUCUAUUUGCCUGAGCUGGAGCUGCUUUAUGGCAUUUUUACAACCAAUGUAAACAGCAUUGCUGCAUCGGCAGUGUGUGCCUUCAAUCUCAGUGCCAUAUCACAGGUUUUCAACGGGCCCUUUAAGUACCAGGAGAACUCCCGAUCUGCCUGGCUGCCCUACCCAAACCCCAACCCUGACUUUAAGUGCGGCACCAUCAACUCUGGCACGUAUGUGAACCUCACCCAAAGAAACCUGCAGGAUGCUCAGAAGUUCCUGCUGAUGCACGACGUGGUCCAGCCCGUGGUCCCUGUGCCCUACUUCAUGGAGGACAACGUCCGCUUCACCCACGUGGCGGUGGAUGUGGUACAGGGGAAGGACAUGCUGCUCCACAUCAUUUAUUUGGCCACUGAUUAUGGUACUAUCAGAAAAGUGCUUUCUCCCCUCAACCAGUCCACAGGGAGUUGCCUAUUGGAGGAGAUCGAGUUGUUCCCGCCUAGGAAGAGGCAGCCGAUACGAAGCCUGCUGAUCCUGCACAGCCGGAGCGAGCUUUAUGUGGGUGUAAGAGACCAGGUCAUCAAGAUCCCACUCAAGAGAUGCAGCUACCAUAAGACUAGAGAAGCUUGUGUAGGAGCGAGGGACCCAUACUGCGGAUGGGAUCUGUUGCUGAAGAAAUGCACCACCCUGGAGGAAAGUGUCAGAAUGAGUCAGUGGGAGCAGAGCAUCACAAAAUGCCCAGUUCGUAACGUCACUGUUGAUGGAGGCUUCGGAGCCUGGUCAGGCUGGUCCACUUGUAGCCAUAAUGAUGGAGGCAGCGCCGGUUCCUGUCUGUGUCGGACGCGAGCCUGUGAUAACCCCGCCCCUCAGUGUGGAGGCCAGACCUGCUUUGGGAUCAGUGCUGAAGUUGCCAACUGUUCAAGAAACGGAGCCUGGACUCCCUGGACUUCCUGGUCUCCUUGCAGCACCAGCUGCGGCAUCGGCUUCCAGGUGCGCCAGCGCUCCUGCAGCAACCCCAGCCCCCGCCAUGGGGGGCGAGUGUGUGUGGGCCAGAACCGCGAGGAGAGGUACUGUAACGAACACCUGCCCUGCCCACCGCACGUUUACUGGUCAGCCUGGUCGGCGUGGGAUCGCUGCAAUGUUCCUUGUGGGGGAGGCAUCCAGUCACGACGCAGAACCUGUGAGAAUGGCAACGACUGCCCAGGCUGUGGUCAGGAGUAUCAGUCUUGCAACACCCUGCCAUGCCCCGAUGUCAAAAAGACCACGCCAUGGACACCCUGGACACCCGUCAAUAUCUCUGACAAUGGCGGCCACUACGAGCAACGCUUCCGCUACACGUGCAAAGCCCGCAUCCCGGACCCGAGCAUGCUGGAAGUGGGUCGACAGAGGAUCGAGAUGCGUUACUGCUCCAGUGAUGGAUCCACUGGCUGCUCCACUGAUGGUGAAGUGCUUCGUCUGGGAAGAAUCUCGGGCCACACGGUGAACGGCGGCUGGUCGGCGUGGAGUUCCUGGUCUCAGUGUAGCAGAGACUGCAGCCGGGGUAUCCGGAGCAGAAAGAGGACCUGUACUAACCCCGAGCCCCGGUAUGGAGGUCAGACCUGCCUCGGACCAGCACAAGAGUAUCAAGAAUGUAACAUCACCCCUUGUCCAGUGGACGGCAGUUGGUCAUGCUGGUCUUCGUGGUCCAAGUGCUCUGUGACGUGUGGAAGGGGGCACUACAUGAGGACCCGGACCUGCAGCAACCCCCCACCUGCUAACGGAGGGGACAUUUGCCUGGGUCUGCACACUGAGGAGGCACUCUGUAACACACAAGCCUGUCCAGAGAGUUGGUCCAGGUGGUCGGAGUGGUCCCACUGCGACUCCAGCGGCGCCCAGCUGCGGGUGCGUCACUGCGAUGUCCUUUUUCCCACUGGAAACCAGUGUUCAGGAAACAGCAGUGAGACCAGGCCCUGCUCGCCUGACUCCAACUUUAUACCAGAGGUCUCAAUUGCCCGCUCCAGUCAGGAGGAGAGGCGCUGUGGAGAUUUCAAUCUUUUCCACAUGAUUGCUGUUGGUCUAAGCAGCUCCAUUCUUGGCUGCUUGGUUACCCUGCUCGUCUACUCCUACUGCCAGCGCUACCAGCAGCAGUCCCACGACGCCACCGUCAUCCACCCCAUCUCAGCUGCGCCACUCAACACCAGCAUCACCAAUCACAUCAACAAACUGGACAAAUAUGACACUGUGGAAGCCAUCAAGGCCUUCAACAAAAACAAUCUGAUUCUGGAGGAAAGAAACAAGUACUUCAAUCCACAACUCACUGGGAAGACGUAUACUAAUGCAUACUUCACUGACCUCAACACCUAUGAUGAUUAUUAACCUGAGACUUUUAUGCCACAUUCAAGACUCCUCCCUUAUGACUGUCAUUUUUUUGUGCUUUGUAAUGAGAUUCCUGACACCAUGCGUGGGAUUGUCCCACUGAGACUUAAUGGCAGCUGGUUUGUGUUGAAAACCCAGACACACAAUGCCGCCCGCAGGGGGAAAUGCCUACUUUCUCUCAGGUGCCUUGGGGUACAUUUGGAAAGCUCAGAAGGAAGGGGCCUAUCCUGCAUUGUCCCUGGAUUUGGGAAAACUGGAUCUACCCAAUGUGGACACACACACAAAAAAAAACAAAAAAAAACAGAGAAAACCUGAUCUUUGCUGUAGGAUGCUGUGGGAAAUCCCUUUCAACUUUCCUGUGAUACUCCCGAAACAGACCUGGAUUUCUAGCGGAGGAAAAGAACGCACAAAUGGCACUGCAUGACUUCAUUUGUCGUGUUUGCUCUGCUGUUUGUUUUUCUGGGGUUUUUUUGUUUUGUUUUUUUGCAUGACGGACCACAUUCCAGGGUUCAAGUGGCAUUUUCCUGUGGUCUUGGGUAAAAGGACUUGUUUUGGAAAUCCUCGCAGCAAAAGUUUGGGUGUUGCUUGUUGGCUUCUACCAAUCACCGAACAAUCUCAAAAGCAGAUGAACUUCCAUCAACUGUUCUGUAGUCAGGAUGUAGAUAUUUGUAAUUUGUGGUCAUUGAUAUUUUUUUUUUGUUUUUUUGCUUUCCUUUGUUUUUUGUUUUUUUUGUUUCUCUUGUAGUUUGAUCAAUUAAUGUUUCUUUUAUAUACAUAUUUUUUUCAUUUUGCUUUGAAAUUGUCCAUCUAUUUGUUGUACAGGAGGCUAGAUUUGACGCUUGUCUGUAGAUUUUCUAAAUAGCUUUUAUUCAGUGACACAAGUGUUUUCAAAAACAUAUUUUUUUUUCUUUUGAAAAGAAUAAAAAGGUUUAUGUGCAUUGUAGCAAGUGAUUGGGAGUAUGCUUAGCAUACUGGAUCAUUGUAAGUCGUCGUCAUUGUACUGUUUAUGUAAUUUUUGUAUUAAAAAAAAAACAUUUUCUUGUAAAACAUUUUUUUGGCUUGAGAAUUGGACGUGCCUCUGUAAGCAGGUUGUUAACAGCAUUAACUGUACAGGUGGGACAAAAACUCUUUUAUCUGAACCCCCAACUCAUGCGGCCCAUUAACUCACCAAUUUCUUCAGUUAAAACGUUUUUCCUUUUUUUUACUUGUUUGCUUGUGUUAUUGUGCAGAAAUUAAAAUGUUAUUCCUACAAGA